AUGUGUGUCGUGUUUUGGACGACGCAUGUUCCAGACUACAGUUUGAUUUUGCUAGCGAAUCGUGAUGAGUUUUUGCAGCGACCUGCGGAGCCCGCUGCAUGGCGCACUCAUGGCCACCGAAUCUUAUGUGGCAUCGACGAAGUGGCAGGGGGCACUUGGGUCGGCAUGUCGUCGUCGGGCGCCAUCUCGGCCCUGACGAAUGUCUACGAAUUUCCGCAGGUACGGACAACAGCAGAUGGACGUCCGCUGCAAUCUCGUGGCGAGCUUGUGAAGCAGUGGCUUCAAGGCCAUGAGUCGCCGAAUACGCUGGAUCAUAUGUAUGCGUCCCGGCAUGCAUACGGCGCGUUUAAUUUAUUGCUAGGUCGCAUCAAGGAUGGACACGUGUAUAUGAGCUAUCUGACGAACCGACCGAGUGAUGCGCCUAUCCGCUCGUGGCACGAACCGAAGGUGCGUGGCCUCAGCAACAGCUCCCCCAACGACCCAUGGCCCAAAGUCCGAUGGGGCGAGGCUCUCGUAGAGGACGUGUUGGCUCGUGAACGGCAUGACGAGGCUGAGCUGAUCGAGAGGUUGUUUGAAGUGCUGCAGAGCACGUCGGCAUCGAGCGCAACGCAGGAGGAUCUGCCGCGUCUGAUCCAUGUACCGCCUAUGCGCAUGCCCAGCAGUGCGGACGGCACGCGACUGGCCUCGGCUCAAGAGGUGCGAGAGGCCACGACGGGAUGGUACGGCACGCGCACGUCGACCAUGAUCCUGGUAUCGCGCGCUGCGCCGUACCGAGCGGUGUUUGUCGAGCGAGACUGUUACACACUACACAACGACGAGCCUAGGCGGAUUUGUUACACGGAUCCAGCAGAGCGAGCGAAGCACGAGCGAUAUUAUGAAUGGGAAUUGGCCGAAUGA